AGUACAUUUUAAAUGGAUAAUCAGAAUCAGAACUCUUCCUUCACUUUGAGCUAUGCCGAUUUCAAAGCAGGCUCAGACAGGAGGCGAGCUUUCUUCCAAGACGUUCCUGCGAUUUCAGUGAAUAGGAGUCAAACUACCGAAGUAGUUCCACAAGAGAGCCGGUUUGUUCGUCCUCGUACGGACUCUGAGUUCAUGGCUGCCUCGCCCACCAGGAUUCCUCGAGAUAUCUACGAGGAAAAAAACGUACAGCGUGCUGCAACGGAUGGGGCGUUGGCUAUGGAAGCCACUCGAUUGCAAGUAGAGUUGGCGUUGGAGUCACAUGAUCAUCUUUUCCGAGGACAUGAUGAGGUCUUAGCCAGUGUGGACAAUCCAAGAAAGUUUAUUAUGACAUGGAGGUAUUGGUACUUGUAUAUUCGACGUAUUGCAACAAUGUAUUUUAUACCAUUGCAGUUGGGUAUUCUCGCGGGUUUGUUAUGGGCUAAUAUUGAUGAGAGUAACUAUAAUUACCUCUGGGGCACGGACAGCGAGGGGACCAUGCAGUUAGGAUUCUCCAUUGGUGGCCAUCAUGUAACUUUACACUUCCUUAUUAAUGACGUGUUCAUGACUUUCUUCUUCGGCAUAGCUAUGGUGGAGAUAGUCGUCGCAGUAUUGCCUGGAGGCUCAUUGUCUCCAAUGAAGAAGGCUAUUGUGCCAUUGAUGAGUACUCUGGGUGGAAUACUCGGUCCCAUCGUGGUGUUCGUGUGCCUCAUAUUCGUCAUGGAAGCUCUGGGUGGAUUCGACAGCUAUGAAAACGACCUGUCAGAUAUUCUCCACGGUUGGGGUAUCGUUGUAGCAACUGAUAUCUCCAUCGCGUGGUUGGUAGCUUCAUUCGUUUUUGGCGGAGGGCAUUCUGCCAUUCGUUUCCUGUUACUUUUGGCCGUUGCAGAUGAUGUUGGAGGUGUCCUCAUCAUUGCCUUUUUCUAUCCAUCUCCCCAUAACGCUGAAUACGUCUACUUGUUAUUAUGUGUGGCAGGCUGCGUGCUGGCAUUCUUCCUCCGUGAAUUAAAGGUGAAGCAUUGGGCAUGGUACGUGUUCCUGUGUGGCCCUCUGGCAUGGUAUGGUUUACUGAAAGCCUCCGUUCAUGCUUCUUUGGCCCUCUGUCUUAUCGUCCCCUUCAUGCCCAAGGAGAUAGACACCAGUGAACCGAAUCGCUUCGUCAAAUUGUGGCGGAAGUGGCGGCCUAGACAGAAUAGUGAUGGUGAUAGGUCGAGGGCAGAAUCGAGCAGUUGUGGGUCUACACUGGCGCUUGAGAAAGGUAGGGUAGUGGCGGGUCCACUGGAAAAGUUUGACCACGAUUGUGCCUUUUUUGUUCAUUGCGGUCUUUUUUUCUUCGCCUUGGCAAACGCCGGUGUCAAAUUUGGUGGAGAUUCGAUCGGCCUAAUAACAUUGGCUAUCACGGUCUCCCUAAUUGUUGGUAAAACUGUAGGGAUAUUUACCUUCGGCUGGGUCGUCAGCACUGUGUUCAAAUUGGGUCUACCAGAUGGUAUGACUGUGAAACACCUCUUUGUUGUUGGUAUAAUAUCUGGCGUCGGCUUAACCGUUGCUCUCUUCGUGGCUCAAUCGGCCUAUACCCAGCCGGACCUGCUUGCCCAAGCAAAGUUGGGUGCUCUUUUGUCCGCUCUAUCUGCUCCAAUAGCGAUAGUGGCAGGCAAACUCUUCCGAAUAGUUAAGGUACCCGCUGGGGAAACAACCACCAGUGGAUAAACAUCUGUAUAGUUGGAAUCGUGAUUUUACGCCUUGAUACAAAUAAACUUGAUUUACUAGAAGCGUCAUUCCACUGGCUUUGUUCACAACUGGAUGUAUUAGUAGGCCUGUAGUUGUAAUUGUAGUUGACCAUUAGUGUGUUGUUGAUGAUGUUUACGUUGGUGGGAUGUGGAAGAUAGCUCGUCUACAUUCAUGUUCCCG